CAACUGCUCUGCAGAGGACCUUUUCCUUUGCUCGCCAAAUAUGGCUGGCCAGUCGCUGGUCGGGGGAAAGGACCUUUCCUCGCAAGAGAGGGUCGGCUAUGACACCGAUAAGUCACUUUGGAAUUCAAUUUUGAAGUCAAUGGAUAACAAGCCUAAACCACCAAAGACUGCAGAACAAAGGAGGUUUGAAGAACUUAUGACUUAUUUUGCUAACCACACGGCACCAAAUGUUGACUUUUUGAAGGAACCGGACCCUCCUGUUCCUGCUGGUGAAUGUAGGUAUUGUUUAAAGGUGGAUGAUCACAUUACGCAACUUUGCCCCUACAAGUAUGAUGUCCCAAAGAACGCAAUUCUUGGCAAAGGUUGUUCGGUUGUUUGUACUAUCUGCGGAUGUAGGUUUAGAGACUCAUGUUGUGCCAAAUGCGGCCAUACCCGUGGACGUGCAAUGCUCAUGGAUUGUAUAACCUGUGGGAAGCUAUAUGACCACUGGUUUGAUACGUGCCCGGAACGCAAUUUGUCUUCUCCUUUUACUUGCGACCCUUAUACUGGUUAUAUUUCUUUCAAGGCUUGUCCUCCAAAAGAGUAGAGAAUAGAAAAUUAAUUGUACUCU